CCGGCCUGCGGGCGGCUUCGGCACCGCGCUGCCCAAGGGCCCAAGGGUCGCGGCGCUGCCCAGCACACCCGGCCUGCCCCAGGAGCGGGCACCGUCCUGUUUAACGUCCUCUGUCCUUCUCUGCUUUUUCCUUAUGAUUAAGCGCCCUGAAUGGCAGUAGACUGGCAACCUUAUUAACAUAACCAUCCCCUUUACUCCAGGACAGCUACACCACACCUAGAAACCACCCAAACCACACACACGGCUCGGUCCGUGAUGCCGCACGGAGCCGGCCGCGGCGGCGCUGGAAGCUAGAGGCAGGCGGGACACGGAGCCGGGACACGGAGCCGGGACACGGAGCCGGGACACAGCCACAGCCCGGGCCCGGCUCCGCGCAGUGCCAACCACCUGUCUCCCCGGGCCGCCGAACUCUCCCCAGCGCGCGUUUUCGUGAAACACAGAACCAACCGAGCUCGCGAGCUCGAGGGCGGGAGGGUGURGCACGGGCGCCGGGUGAGGUUUUGGUGUCCCGUUACCGCCCGCCCCGUCCGUGAGGGCGGGCCCGGGGGCGGCGGCGCGGCCCUGGCGGCGGCCGAAGGGUGGCAGGCUUGGGCUCUCCCAGGGCUCCAGGGGCUGCCCUGUUAGCGUCAGUUUUACCUCAUUGCAUGGAGAGACCUGGAACAUCCAGCGUUUGAGAUGGCUGAAUCAGAAUCUCAGGAAAGAAACUAUGAUAACAUGGAAAGGAUGAUGGACCACUCAAGGGACUUGGAAGAACUUCUGGACCAAAUGGAAAAAAAUACAGUGCAAGCAACCUGGAUGACCUACAACUUGGUAGCCAUCCGGACCAACCCCGACCUGGCCAAUGCCAUGAUGCACUUGGAAGAUGCCUUCCUAAGGUGCAAAGAGCAGGUGGAGAAGAAAUGGCAAGAGACACUAAUGGAAUCUAGAGGUGAAGGGCAAAAGAAGGAAUAAAUUGAAUUCAGAACUCAGUCACGCUGGCAGAACGACUUCCCUUGGAAAAUUACUCCCGCCUGUUUUUUUCUUCCAGCUGUGGAGGUUUCAUAGCCACUGUGGGAAAUAGAUUUGCUAUCAUCUUGCUAAGAGCUACUUAUUUGUAGUAUUCGAAGUAUUUGUAGUAUUUGAAGUAUUUGUAGUAUUUGAGGUAUUUUAAUGAGAUUACACAUAUAGCUUUGUAUUGUUGAAGGUAAAAGGUAGCAAUGUAUUUGUAUGCCCAUCAGUAAUCCCUGUAGUGUUUGCACUCACAAUUUACACRAAUUCUUUCUUCCUGGGAGAUCAAACUUCCUCCAUUGUCAAUGAAACUGGAAUUCUUUGAGACUUGAACAAACUGGAGGGUAGGGGCACUGUAAUGGACCAUCACAGUGGCAUUGCACCAGUUCAUGCCUUGCAAAGAAAACUGAAGAAUUGCUUAUUUUUCCAAAUGAAAAACAGGUGAAAUUCUAGAUUUGCAGGUAGAUUGAGCUGGUUUUAUGUGGGAUUGUUAGCUAAGUGUUCAGUUAGAGUUUUWUUAUUCAGAUAGGUCAUCUGUAGUUGUUUCAUUUUGUUCCAUUAGAAUUUUAACCAUUUCUUUGAACUGGUUUCCCCAGAAAGAUUGUUCUUCUCAAACCCCCUCAAGGUGGCACUACUUAUUUAAGUAAAAUUUUUUUACCAUUAUAGACUGCAGUGUGUGUGGUGGCAUUGCUGCAGAAACCUAACUAACCAUGUUAUAAAACAUGCUUCUCUCUAUAUGUUCUUACUGUGCAAUAUUAGAACAGGACAAAAAAAUUACUUUUUUAGUCAUUAYGUGGAUUAAGAGCACCACCUCGUGGCUUGUGGUUAUAGAUAAAUGAAUGUUUCAUCUGAGAUAGAAGUUGGUGCAGCAAUUUUAAGGAUCUUCCCCUUCAUUAAAAUCAUGCUCUUUUAACUAAAAAAUAAGCAMCAUAUAGCAAGUGAGAGCAUCUCAAUCUCCUCUGAAGAGAUUUAAAUCAUAUCUAAAUGAUCUCUCAAAAAUGUGCUGAUUUUUUGACUAUGUAUUUCUUUGAAAUUGGUCUAAAUUCAGACAGAAUGUUUAUCCACAKAAGUGAAAAAUAUGUAAGAAAUAUGUAAGCAAUUAAACUUUUUUUAAUGCUAUCAAGUAUUUAUACAGAUACAAAUGGUAAAGAACAAAACUUGCACUUGACUUUCCAGUGGGUAGGUCUUCAUUCCAACCAAGGUACGGCAAACUGGCAGAGCAGCAUGAGAAAACUUUCACUGGGAAUAAUCUCUKGAGGGUUUUUAAUGGCUUGUUGUUACUUGGAUACCUUUGACUACAUUGUCUUCACAUUUUAAUUCUGUAUUAAAAUGAAAUUCUUUGAYGAGGCAGUAUUUUAACAGAUUGUGUAGGAAUGUAAUGGAAUUUGUGAUUUUCUGGCAUUUUUUGGCCAUAAAAUGCUAAGUAUAGAUUGACUGUAGGUUUUCCAGAAAGAUCAGUUUUCAUUCAGACAUUUAAACCAGAUGGCCAGUGUUUAAAAAUAGAGAAUACUGCUCAAAAAUCAUGCUUCUAAAAAAUACACUUUUUAAUUGUAUCACCCAGUGAAGUUGUUUCUUUUAUGUAAAGUUGAAAUCUCUCUCCUGUGAUUGGAAGGCUACAAUCACAGAAUCAGAGACUAGUUUGGGUUGGAAGASACCUUAAGGACAUCAUGUUCCAGCCCCCUGCCAUGGGCUGGGACACCUUCCACAACACUGUCAACAUACUGUAUUUCUCCAGAGCAAAGGGCCAUUAUCACGACAUGAUUCUAUGAACMGAGACUGGUAAUGUUUUCUCAGCCCUCAAAUGUCAGCGCUUUACAACUUUUCUUUUCUGAAUUUUGGAAUUUUUUUUUUUUCUUCUGUAGAGCCCCUGAGGGAGAAGGCAUUAUACCACCAUCAACAGAUGGCAUCACAGGAGGGGUAUUGAGGAUACCUCUGAACAUUUUUCAUCUCUGCUGCUCUUUUUCUUACUCCUGAAAAUGCUCACACAUGC